AUGGCUGUGGCUACUGCGGGUCCAGCAUACAAGCUGUGGUUUCUGUCGACAGGCAUUGUCUUUCUGUUCUUCCUUCUCUUUGCAUUUUACACAGACACGAUCAAGUCACCUUUGGACUAUGCCCAUGCAAAGGCAGCAGAGUUUUGCAGCGAUUCUGCUCCACGAACUACAGCCGAAGCUGACCCUAAAGACGGAAAAUUCGGGAACUGCAAAGACCCCUAUCGCAGCCCUGGCUAUCUCUACGUCCCCGCAGAAACAGAGCGAUACCGAGAGACACGAUGGCUGCCGUUUACAGACAAGUUUCUCGACUCUGAGGAUCCCGAAACUGCAGAGUAUCCCCACGAGGGAGGAGACCUUAUCUUCAACGAUACAGACGUCCCGCGAACAUUCUUUAAAGGAUCAGAUAUACCUAUAGAAUGGAUGAAGCUAGCGGUGAAAGAGAACAAGCGUCGAAAGGAAGCGAUGGCGCAUAUCACGAACGCAACUUCGGAGGACUAUCACAGGAUGAAAGACGAUGCUGAGUUUGGAUGGCUCUGGGGCCGUCGAGUCGUAUCAUUCGGUGACUCUAUCGACAGGCGAGCAGCCAGGUAUGUCUGCCAUGAGUUUGGCCACGACAUGGACUUCCCCAAGCUUCAUCCGAUAGAGAAGUGGCCCAUGGGUGUCUGCCAUAUACCAGCAUUCAACCUUACUUUCACCGCCUUCCAUUCUGCAGGUGGUUUUACCUACAGGCCCGAUUGGUUCUGGUACAAGGAGAUGCGAAUCAUCCCCUUUGAGCGACGCUGGGAAGAGCUCUGGCAGCCACAUGAGCGAGAUAUUCAGGGUCCCAACGGAAGACCCGAUCUGAUCCUGUGGCAGAAUGGGCUCUGGGAUCAACGAGGAUUCCAAGUCGGCGGACAGAAGCUUCACGAAGGACAAAACGUCACCCUCAACGGAAGACACCGGAAAAUGGUCUGGGAUGAGCUGCACUUCUUCUUAGCACGCACGAAGAAGUAUGCCGAGAUGCUCAUCAAAGAAUUCCCAGACACGCCUAUGAUGUGGCGAAGUUUGACAUAUCACCAAAAGACUGGAUCAGGAGAUAUCAUGGUCGUUGAGAUGGACCGUGUUGGACGCGCUUUGGCACAGCAGUAUGGACAUGAGGUGUUUGAAUGGGGUCGUAUCAUUAGUCUCAUGGGGAGUUGGUAUGAAGACGGUACACACCCGGGCGAGGGGGCAUUGACCUGGUUGUGGGGAAACAUGAUUCUCGAGUAUCUCGCCCGAUCAGCAAAGUCGAAACUUGGAGGGGAUUACAGGUUUCCGUAUUUUGACGGAUGGGAGAGGUGCCAUGAGGAGCUUGUGGCGUGGGGAGGGCGAUAG